AUGAAAACAGGGUUUACAGCUUUACUUCUAUCCACUUGCCUUUAUAUGGUGUGUGGAAGACCAGACUUUGAGACACUGCAGCACAUCCAGAAAAGUGUGCGUGUAGGGCCCUCUGCUGCACAGCUAGAAAUAGAAUUAACAGGUCCACUGAACCUUUUGCGUGGGUACAUUUACCACAUGGAGGGAUACAUGCACAACAAGCGAUUCUAUUCCCCAAGCAUAGCAGCAAGCUAUUCGCUAGAGAGUUUUCCCUCUGAGGACAAGUUCUGGCCUGACUUCAAACUAACACAGACGCCUCAGAGUGAUACCGUGUGGGGGCAGCUUAAUAGUACCAAUCCAUCUGAGACAUAUGAAAGAGAGUACCAUGAAAAACUGAUCCAGCUGUUUUCCUGGGAGAAUGGAGAGUUAUCCAUAGAAAAUGAGCGAAAUGGCUCGUUUAUUCAGUUCCUUCGCAGCGAGCCUGCGCGGCAGCAUGCCAUGCAGAUCCUUGCUGCGCUUUUUCUUCUCACAGAAAGAAUAGAGGUACCAAUUGAAUGCACAAAGGAUGGAAAAAACCUUUGCAUCCGGAUGAAGACAGAAAAGACUGCAUACUUUGAUAUUACUGUAGAAGUGCCAGAGGAAGUCCAGGGAAAUACUGCAGCACAAACCACUAACAAAUCUGAGAUAGAGGACAUAAUAGGCUUUUUUGUAUACUAUGCAAAAAAACACCAUGUACUGCAGAAUUCAGCUCCUGUAAGCCAGGAAAGGUUUGAGGAGGGCGAGUUUCUGGAUACUCUAAGCUUCCUGAUACAGGUGUAUGUCUUUGAGUUUAUAGACAGUGCAUCAGAUGCCAAGCAGUUUAUUGAGGCAGUGUACAGUUUACUUUCUGAUGCCACUGAAAAUGGGAAGGACUCAAAGACCAGUACAGAGAAAGCACAUGCUGAUUUUAUUUUAAAGAAGUGCUUCUCUCCAGUAGGCACAGCUAAUAGUGAAAUGGUACCAUACUUCCAUGCUAUAGAGCAGAUGCAGAGAACCAUCAGUAUCUGCAAGGCGUUUCCUUUUGUAUACAUAGGACAGCUGCCUGCGCCCAUGCUGGUUCCGCAGUACGACCGAAAGCUGGACCAGUUCUCGCAGACGAAAGAAUAUUUCAGAAACAGCACUGAGAUCUGCAUAUACGGCCUCUUCUGCUGCUUCUCAUAUAACCCAAAGGAGCACAAGUAUACAGUUGGCCACAUUAAGAAUGCGUCUGUAGAGCUGCGAAAAUUCUUUGAAAUGUUCAGUGCUCCACUUGAGGAAAUGGACCUGGAGGCACAUAAGGCAUGGAGUGCAGUUGUCUCAGAUAUCAGUGAGGCAGAGAUUGAGUAUAAAAAGGAAGGUAACGAAAUUCAGUGCGGGCUUUUGAAUCUUCUGAAAGUUAUUCUGAGCAUCACAGGCCUGUACGAGAGCAAAAAAGAAGAGCUGUCCUGGUACUAUGAAGUUCUUGCUCAAAACGACAAUCCAGAGGAAGAACUGUACACGGAAAUAGAGAAGUGCACACAGAGUGUAUUCGAAUUGCUCCUAAAGAACAAAAAAAUGACUGUUAGCUGCAAAAACCUUAAAAGCAGCCGCAGACUAGACGGCACCACUGACGUGUACGGAACAGUUUGCAUCGUAUACAACGAUGCCAAAAUGAGCAAUGGAAUUAGCAUAUGCUUAACCCCACGCGGUGCUGAGCUACAGCUUCUCCCGGUGCAGAACCAGGCAGUGUGCUCUCCUUCUGCAAGCCUUCUAGAGCUCAAGAGGAUGUAUGAGUGCGAGGGAAGCUUUAUGGGCCUUCUGACAGCACAGCACAUCGACGCAAGGACCAAAGCCAUAUACUUCUCUUCCUCAAAGGUUGCCAUACCAAAGGAUGCAAUCCGAGAACUAUCUUUAAACGAUUUCCAGCCGAUGAACAGAGUGCUUAUAAAAGGGAAGAUUCACGAGAUGAAAUACAAAAAGAACCUUAUCAUGCACUUCGUUGCAUACACUGCUGGCAGAGAGAUAAAUGCUGCACACCCAGUAUCGCGCUUUAUCAGCAACAUCCUUGGGCGCUGCGAACUGGACAACCAUAUUGUUCAGCUAACACUUCUACCAAGCUUGCUGUACAACGGCUCCUACAAGUCCUGCUACCCAAAUAUAAAAAUCUCCGAGAAAUUAUACAAGCAGAUUGGCGCGUGCACCGUUGAAACUCUUAGAAUCUUUGGGCACGUCCUAGACAGAAAUGACGCUAGCAUUGUUCUGUCCUGCCUAACCACGUUUAUUAUGCUGGAGAAGAGCCACGGCUCCCCGCACAACCCUCUGACAACUGCGUACAUGCAAAGACGGAUAUUCGACUGUCUGUUUAAAGAAAACAGCACAGAGCAAAUAGACCAAGUUAUUUCGCUCACAGAAAAGUACUGGUAUCAAAUGGAGGGUACACCCGGCAUGCUCCGCUUGAUGGGAUUCAUCCAUGCGUGCACAAAAAAGCCGCUCUGCCAAAUGCUUAUCAAGAGUCUCUAUGCAAAGAUCCACACGAACGACCUUACAUAUUCAAACAUUCAGUACAUCACUAAUCUGAAUCAGCUGAAGCAGACCGUAUCUAUUCUUAUUGCACUCCGUAUAGAGGAUAAGCUUCUGCAUGGCAUUGAAAAGCUAGAGCAAAUACAGCAAUUCUUCACAAAAGCACAGUGCUUAUAUGCAUCAGAGUAG